UAAUGCUGCACAACUGGCAAUAUUUUCAUUGCAGUAGCAGACGUUGUUGUGAUUUAGCAAUCACCUUAUCAGAAAUCCUGAAUUUCAUCUGUCACUGAUUACUGGUCCUUCCUCACCUCUCAGUGAUGUAAUACGUCAUAUUCUUUCGUUUCUGUCGUCAAUGUCUGUUCGUCUUACGGUGUUUGCAAAGCCCCUAUGCCCGUAACUAGUCAGUAGAGGCGAUGUGGCGCUGUCACUUAACCUAAACAAAAGUCAACAGUCCAGUAGAGUGAGUCAACUUCUAGUAAUGUCAUGGACUGAAUGAACGCAGUGCAGUUAUGCCACUAACAUAUCGAGAGGCUGUGCAGAUCGGCCUGCUUUUAGCAUGCGUGCCACUGCAGUACAUGCUGACCAUGAACAUGGAGUUAGAUCAAUCAUCUUCUAUUGGUAGAAUUUUUUCUACUGAUUUUCAAAAUUUUAGAGAUAAUUGGUUGUCCACAGAAUCAUGGGCAAAAUCUGCAAUGAUUCAUGUUCUAAUGAAUGGAAUUUUUCCCAAUCCUGUUCCUAUAAUGUAUUAUGGAACAAUAGGUGAAAAUGAGUCUCCUGCACAUGAAGUAUUACGUUUCAGACAAGAGCGUGGCUACUUUACGGCUUCUCAAGGUAUUAGAUGGAAGCGCCCAUCUCAUCUUCACUUUCGCAUAGGUCAGGUUGUAAAACACAGAAGUGAAGGAUACACGGGUGUUGUUAUUGGAUGGGAUUUGAAGGCCAGCGCUUCAGAGACUUGGUUGUUUCGUGAAUAUGGAGAUCUUCAGGCUCUACGCAGUUGGCCUCAUUAUUCCAUUUUAGUUGAUGAAAGAGAUCCAAUAUCAACAGCAACGAUGGCUCCAGAGGCAACUUAUGUAGUCCAGCAGGAACUAGAACUAAUGCCAAAUACAGAGGUGCAACAUUCAAUGCUUGGAAAUUUUUUUGUUGCCUAUGAUGGAGGUCAAUAUAUAGCACAGGAUUGGUUAAAAAAUUUGUAUCCCAAAGAUUAAAUAGUUCAGGCUGUAUUAAAGCAAACUUGUGAUAACUGUAACAAGAAGUUUUGUACUUUUAAAGAAUAAUUAAGACUGUUGUCAUUAAGUUUAAAUGUUUGCAGUCAUCAUGCAAAUGUGGUUGUGUAAUUUAUCUAGGGUGUACUCAUCAUUUUCAUUUAGUGCAAAAACAAUUUGAAGAAGUUUACUGGGUGAAAAAAGGCACAACUUAGUGCCUUGUUGUAAUAGUAUUUAAGCUUUGUGCCAUUAUAAAGGUAUUGGUGCCUUCAUAAUGACAUAGAAAUCGAUAGUGGUACUUUAAAGGUGCUAAGUUGUACCUUGUGUUUCCUUUAAUUUCUGCAGAUUUUUCUUCCUGUUGAUAUUUUUACCAUUGUACAUUUUGUUUUUGGAUUUUCUUAAAACCUUCAUUGCUGUCUUUACUAGCAUUUGAUUUCUGACUGUCUUACUUUAGUGUUUCUUUUUGUUGUUUUUUUCUAAUUUUGGGAUGACUAGAACUAGGAACUUCGAGGAAUUUUGCAUACAGUUGUGAUAAAUGCACUUAUCAUAUCUUUUCAA